CUAGAGGCGUUGUCUCCAGGCCUUGUUUUGGACAGCAUGUGAGAGAGCAGCACGUGGUUCGGCUCCAAAACAUCACGAUUGACAAUUGUUGGAGAAUAAAUUGAAUUGACAAAAGUGAAAAACUAGUUUUAUCAUGAGUGUCUCAUCGAACAUCAAGGAGACAUUCGAAGCAGAAGCCAAACAUGGGCCUUUUUACACAGGGGGAAAUGUUCAGUGGAGUGCAGAUGGUAAGCACCUUCUCUGUCAGAAUGGUGCCUCGAUAUCAGUCCUUUCCCUCGCAAAAGGCACGGUGAUAGCGGCCCUGGGUCCCCCGACCUCAGAAGAAGACACAAUCAACACAUUUACCCUCAGUCCAACUUCUGACACAGUAAUAACCCACCACAAGAGCGGUCUUUUCAAGCUCUUCACGGGGAACGAUCCAGCCCCCAAAAAACUCUGGAAGUCCAUUCACAAGGGGCCAGUCCCCCAGAUCGCCCUCUCCUCGGACGACCGCUUGAUGGCCUCCGGAGGCAGUGACUCCAGCGUGCGCCUCUGGGACCUCCACCACCACGCAUGCACUCACAAUCUGAAGGGCGUCCAGGGAGUCGUGAGUGUCCUGAAGUUUCAUCCUACCAGAAAUCUCGUCCUAGCCGCCGGGGAUGACACGAAAAUCCACUGCUGGGACAUUACCACCGGAGCUCUCCAGCGACUACUCGCAGGUCACUUCAGCCGUAUCACCAGCCUAUCCUUCCACGACGACGAUAUCCACCUGGUGUCAUCAGGACGAGAUAAAGUCCUCAUCCUUUGGGACCUCAACAAAGGCGUUUCCCUGCGCACACUUCCAGUCUACGAGUCCCUGGAAGGGCUUUUCAUAUUCCCUGCAGCUUCAUUCUCACUUAACAGCAAUCCUCAAAGAGAGGACGAGAUUCUCGUUGCCAGCGGCGGGGAGAAGGGUGCGAUCAGGGUCUGGGAGAUGCGAUCAGGUCGAGAGGUUUAUACCCAAGAACACCCUCUUGUCCAACCGUCAAAGGAAGAUGGGGGUCUCGCAGUGACCCAUCUCCUCUCCAACAAGUCCUCAAAAACCUUCGCCGUUGUCUCAGUGGAUCACAACAUAAUCAUCCACUCGUUAACCGAUUUCUCAUGUGAAAAACAAUUUGUCGGUUACACUGAUGAAAUUCUGGACAUUGUACAUGUAGGUGAUACCAGUAGUCACCUGGCAGUUGCGACAAACAGCUGUGACAUUAAGCUCUACGACACUUCAACCAUGAGCUGUCAGUUACUGAGAGGUCAUACCGAUCUUGUACUAUCCCUCUGCGUUACCCAAGCGAAUAGGAAUCUGAUGGUGUCCUCGGCCAAGGACAACAGUGUGCGAGUCUGGCUAAUGUCACCCGAUACAUUGUCAAUGGUAUCAAUAGCUUCUGGCACCCGUCACACAGCCUCUGUCGGCUCUGUUGCAUUGUCUCAGGCCUCUGCAAAGUUCUUUGUAUCCGUCAGUCAGGAUCAGUGCUUGAAAUUAUGGCAACUUCCGGAUAAGUUGACGACAGUUGACUCAGGGUGUACUCUCAAUGCGGCGCACACAGUUCUUGCCCAUCAGAAGGACAUAAAUUGCGCGGUUGUUUCGCCAAAUGAUAAAUUGAUAGCAACAGGAUCACAGGACAAAACAGCGAAACUCUGGAGUUCAGAGAGCCUGCAGCUGUUGGGGAUUUUGAGGGGCCACAGGAGGGGCGUUUGGUGCGCCAGGUUCUCGCCGAUUGAUCAGGUCCUCCUCACAACCUCUGCCGAUUGUACAAUGAAAUUGUGGUCACUGUCUGAGUUGAAUUGCUUGAAGACAUUCGAGGGACAUCAGUCGUCGGUUUUACGAGCGGAAUUUAUAAGUAGGGGAAUGCAAUUAGUGACUUCUGGUGCUGAUGGAUUGUUGAAAUUGUGGAGUGUCAAGACGUCGGAGUGCGUGGGCACAUUUGAGGAGCAUGAGAGCAGGGUCUGGGCAUUGGCGAUUGGCCAGGACGAGAGGAGGAUCAUCUCUGGAGGGGCUGACUCGGUUAUGGUUGUGUGGAGGGACGUGACAGCGGAGAAGAGGCAGAAGGCUAUUGCCGAGCGCGAGGAGAUGAUUCUGGAGGAACAGAAACUGGCGAAUUUGCUCAAGGGAGAGCAGCUGGUGGCGGCGCUGAAGCUCGCAUUGAGGCUAGAGAAGCCUCACAAAGUUCUCAAGAUCGUGGAGAAUAUCUUGAAGAAGGGUGAGGGGGGAUUGGGAGAGGCUGUGGGUGAACUCAAGAUGAGGGAGAAGGAGGAACUCAUGAGGGCCGCUAUUGGGUGGAAUACUAAUAGCAGGAAUUGUCAAGCUGCACAGCUCGUGAUAAACGCAUUGUUAAAUGACCCUGAAAGCAGUAAUUUAGAAACUAGUGGAUUGUCAUCAUCACUGGAGGCACUGAUUCCCUACACCGACAGGCAUUUCAAAAGAGUCACAAGAUUGCUGCAGGAUCUACACUUCUUGAAUUACACUGUCAAUUACAUAAAGCCACACAAUACCUCCGAAUUCCCUGAAUGACGGUAAAAAUCAAAUAAAAAUCAAUCAAGCUUCA